UUAUAAUAAUAUAUUAUUACAGAGAGAUUUGCCUGCCUGUACUCCGUCUGUCAGUGUCUCAAGCCUUCCUUUGAUUGCUCGCCCUCCCCUUCCUCGCGUGGACCUCUUUCGUUAACUGUCUAUCAUCAAUCCUCGAAUCUCGCUUUCAUUUUUCCCAGAUCUGCUUUCUAUCUAUCUCUCGCUUCAACCCUAGAUUUCUCCGCAAGUUUCCUUUUUGUUAUUAAAUCUGUCAAAUAUCUCGAGAGAUUGAACUAGGUUUUUUGAAGAAACACUAGAACGUUGGUCUUCCCUUGCUGUACAGAUCUUAUCCGUAGAUUAGCGUUUUAGGGAUCGAUAAGAAGGAAACUCUUGUGGUGAUGAACAACAACAACAACAACAGAGGAAGGUAUCCUCCAGGGAUUGGCGCUGGUCGUGCUGCCAUCAACUCUAACCCUAAUUUCCAGUCGCGGCCUGGUUACCAACAGCAGCCGCCGCCGCAGUACGUUCAGCGCGGUGGUUACGCUCAGCAGAAUCAUCAACAGCAGUUUCAGCAAGCCACGUCUCAGCAGGUGCAACAACAACAUGGAUACCAACAGCAACAACAAUGGCUUCGAAGACCCCAGAUCUCUGGCGGUAACAGUAAUGGCGAUGCAGUUGCAGAAGUUGAGAAGAGUGUUCUGUCCGAAGCCGUCGACACAAAUUCGGAAGAUUGGAAAGCGAGGCUUAAACUACCUGCACCUGAUACUCGCUACAGAACUGAGGAUGUGACUGCAACUAAAGGAAACGAGUUUGAAGACUAUUUUCUGAAACGAGAGCUUCUAAUGGGAAUCUAUGAGAAGGGUUUUGAAAGGCCUUCUCCUAUUCAGGAAGAGAGUAUCCCAAUCGCCUUAACCGGUAGAGACAUCCUUGCCCGAGCCAAGAACGGCACUGGCAAGACUGCCGCCUUCUGUAUUCCUGUCUUGGAAAAAAUUGACCAAGAUAACAACGUCAUUCAAGCUGUGAUAAUUGUUCCAACUCGAGAGUUAGCCCUUCAGACAUCACAGGUGUGUAAGGAGCUGGGGAAGCAUUUGAAGAUCCAAGUCAUGGUGACCACUGGAGGCACCAGUCUAAAAGAUGAUAUCAUGCGUUUGUAUCAGCCUGUCCAUUUACUGGUAGGAACUCCUGGGAGGAUUCUGGAUCUUACCAAGAAAGGUGUUUGUGUUUUGAAAGAUUGUUCCGUCUUUGUUAUGGAUGAGGCGGAUAAGCUUUUAUCUCAAGAGUUCCAACCUUCAGUGGAGCAUCUGAUCAGCUUUCUUCCCCAAAAUCGUCAGAUACUGAUGUUCUCAGCCACGUUUCCUGUCACUGUCAAGGAUUUUAAGGAUAGAUUUCUGACGAAUCCUUACAUCAUCAAUCUCAUGGAUGAGCUUACGCUCAAGGGUAUUACGCAGUUCUAUGCUUUUGUUGAAGAACGACAGAAAAUUCAUUGCUUGAAUACACUCUUCUCCAAGCUGCAAAUUAACCAAUCCAUCAUAUUCUGCAAUUCUGUAAACCGUGUGGAGCUCUUAGCUAAGAAAAUUACAGAGCUUGGGUACUCGUGCUUUUACAUCCAUGCAAAGAUGCUUCAGGACCACCGGAACAGAGUGUUCCAUGACUUCCGCAAUGGUGCAUGCCGUAAUCUUGUGUGUACUGACCUGUUCACACGUGGGAUUGACAUUCAAGCAGUCAAUGUGGUGAUAAACUUUGACUUCCCGAAGACUGCAGAAACUUAUCUACAUAGGGUUGGUCGAUCAGGAAGGUUUGGCCAUCUUGGUUUAGCUGUGAACCUCAUCACCUAUGAGGACCGCUUUAACCUUUACCGGAUUGAGCAAGAGCUUGGAACGGAGAUCAAGCAAAUUCCUCCACAUAUCGAUCAGGCAAUUUAUUGCCAAUAACUAAGGGUUUGACCCCCCUUGGUCUCCUGUUAGGUGUCUCGGUAAUAAGUGGUUGGUUGACGCAAUGGGAAGAAAGUUGUGUUUAUCUAGCCAUGGCAGGACAACCAAAACCCAAAGUCUUCUCAUUCUACCUCUUACCACCAAAAUGUUAUGUGUGCGUCUUUUGAGUUUCCCUUAUUUAGUAGAUUCAACUACAUAUAGACAAGUCCCAGAAGGUUUAAAAUUCUGGGUAGAAGUGGAAGUGAAGCUCUUUUUUUAAUUUUAGGUUUGACAAGUCGUUUGAUGCUAUGUCUCUUUCUUUGUCGUAGACUGAUCAAUGGUUUCAGUGUUGUGGUGUGUCUUCAAAAAGCUAUGCUUUCGUGAGUCUUUAAUAUCCUGUUUUCAGCUUUUCAACUUCAAUAAUAAGUCUUUGCAUCGUUUCGUA